AUGUCGCGCAUCCUCGAGAAAGUGAAGAGCCUCAGGCGCUCGUCGCUGCCCUCCUCGAAGGAGUCCUCGGCGCCCACCAGCCCGAAGUCGGUGACUCCGCGCAACUCCAUCCACCACCCGCGCAAGAAGGGCUCCUCCCACAGUCGGGAUGCCUCGCGCGACGUGUCGCGUCCCCGCAAGAUCGAGGAGCUCGAGCGCGUCGCUAUCGAGAAGAAGAAGACGCUCGACUACCCGGACCGCUUCGGAAGGCUCCCCCUCGUCAUGAGCGAGGGCGACAUCAACCUGAGGGACGUGACCCUCACUCCCCUCGACACGGUCUCAUCCCAGUCGAUCGGCCAGGACAUCACCUUCCGCGCGCGUCUUCACGCGCGCCGCAACAUGAGCUCCCACCUCGCGUUCUUCGUCUUCCGGCAGGGCAUGACCACGCUGCAGGGCGUCCUCGAGGAGCGCGAGUCGGAAACCGAGCCGCUCUUCAUUGCUUGGUCAGAACACAUCCAGCCCGAGGCCAUCCUCCAGGUGACCGGCACGCUCAAGACGCCCAAGGUGACCGUCAAGUACGCGUCCCUGCAUGACGUCGAGCUGCAGAUCAAGGAGAUGCACAUCGUCUCGGAGCCGACCGUCAGCCUCCCCUUCCGCCCAUACCAGGUUAACGCGAGCGACCACACGCGCCUCGAGCACCGCGUCAUCGACCUCCGCACGCCUCCCUCCAACGCCCUCUUCCGCCUCAACGCCGCCGUCUGCCGCUACUUCCGCAACUACCUUGACGACCACGGCUUCAUCGAGAUCCACAGCCCCAAGCUCCAGGGCUCUGCUACUGAGUCCGGCUCCAGCGUCUUCCCCGUCGAGUACUUCGGCCGCAAGGCCUUCCUCGCGCAGAGCCCACAGCUCGCGAAGCAGAUGGCGAUCUCUGCCGACAUGGGGCGCGUCUUCGAGAUUGGUCCCGUCUUCCGCGCGGAGAACUCGAACACGCAUCGGCAUCUGACAGAGUAUACCGGCCUCGACAUAGAGAUGGCGUUCCAGCACCACUACCAUGAGACUAUGUAUCUCAUGAUCGACCUGCUCAAGAACAUCUUCAAGAAUGUGUACGAGCACAACCGGCCGCAGAUCGAGGUGCUUAAGCAGGCCUUCCCGCACGACGACCUGGUGUGGACGGAGGAGACACCGGUUAUACCCUUUAAGGAAGGCAUUCGGAUGUUGAAGGAGAGCGGAUGGGAGGGUGACGUCAGCGAGGACGAUGACUUGGGCACUCGCGAUGAGAUUCGCCUGGGUGAGCUCGUUAAGGAGAAAUACCACACCGACUUCUACGUCCUUGACAAGUUCCCUGUGGCCGCGAGACCGUUCUACGCUAUGCUUGACCCGAAGGAUAAGCGCUUCACCAACAGCUUCGAUAUGUUCAUCCGUGGGCAGGAGAUCAUGACGGGCGGUCAGCGUAUUCAUGAGCCGGCUGCUCUGCUCAGGCGAAUGCGCGAUGCAGGCGUCGUCCCUGCAGGGUCGCUGGAGGAGUAUAUGAAGGCCUUCGAAUGGGGCUGCCCGCCGCACGCUGGUGCAGGUGUCGGCCUUGAGCGUAUCCUCAUGCUCAUGUUCAAGCUCGGCAACAUCAGGUUCGCGAGCAUGUUCCCGCGCGACCCGAAGAGCUUGCCAGAGAAGAUCAUGCCCCCACCACCACUCUUCCAUCCUGACUGCGACACAACGCGCCCGCCAUGGUUCAAGAAGCCCUUGACUGAGGCACAGACAGGGUCAGUCGCCACCAGCGAAGUCUCCACCCCCGCCUCCGAGUCUACAAAGAGUGCAUUCAUCCCGUCCCCCGAGGAACUCACUGAUGAGGAGAUCGAGCGCCUGAUGCCGCUCACGCACCUCAUCGCCAACUACGGCGAUGCGUCCAACACCAGCGCGCUCGACGCGCGCUACCGUGUCUGGCGGUCGCACACGAAUGGCGCGGCAAUUGGGUACUCGAAGGGCAAGGGUGGCUAUGUCAUUGUCGUCGGCAACCCGCUGUGCGACGAGAGCCAGUACAAGGAGACGAUCGACGAGUUCUUGCCGUGGCUCAAGAAGAACGUCGGCAAGCCGAUUUGGAUCCUGGUGUCGAGUGAGGUUGAGCGCAUCCUCGCUGAGAGCUACGACUGGCGCUGCAUCUCCUGCGUCGCCGAGGACCGCAUCGACCCCAAGGUCAACCGCGGCCACGACGACGCCGUUGUCAUGCGCAAGGCGCGCCACGCCAAGCGCUCCGCCGUGCAUGUCGUCUCUACGCAGCAGGGCCAGCUCCCCGCACCCGAGCUCAUCGAGAAGGUGAACAAGCGGAUCGAGGACUGGAAAGCGAGCCGCAACACGUCGGGCAAGCAGGUGCACCUGACGGACGUCGCGCCGUGGGUUGACUACGAGCACCGGACGUACUUCGUCGCGCUGGGCCCGUCGGCGCAGAAUGCAGCGAAGGCGGAGAAGGCGGGCGGGGUGAAGGAGGAGGGGAAGGAGAAUCAGGUGAAUGCGGACGAGGUGGUGCAUGGGUUGGUGGUUCUGGCGCAGCUGUCGAGGAAGCACGGGUACCAGAUCAAGUGGGCGAUGGAGUUCCCGGACGCGAUUUCGGGGACGGUGGAGGCGACCGUCCUUGAGGCCCUUGACUAUGCAGCCGAGCACGGCGCGGAGAGCGUCACCUUCGGCACGGGUGCUACUGCCCACGUCGAGAUCGACUCAAAGCACGGCCUCGCUGGGAAGCGCCUUCUUAUCAAGAUGCUCCAGCAUACGUACCACACCAUCGCGACGGAGUUGAAGCUGCUCAACAAGAGCGAAUUCCGCCGCAAGAUGGGCGCCACUGAGGACCCGGUCUGGUUGUGCUUCCCCAAACGCAGCCUCGGCCCCCGCGGCAUCCGCGCGCUCGUCUCCUUCUUCCAGGGCGGCGAAGAGUCCGACAAGGGCGAGGGCAAGAAGGCCAAGGCCCUCGCCAACGGCGGCGCCGCCAGCCCACCAAACGGUAAGGCGGGCUCGAGCAGCAAGGGCCCCACGCCGAAACCGACGGACGUCGCAGGCAACUACGCGCUGGCGCAGCAGGCGUCGAAGGAUCACCCGAACCCGAGCGAGGACACGAUCUCGGGCGAGCGCUCGCAGUUCGAGGGCGUGACGGACACGUCGUCGGAGGAUGAGGAUGCGGAGGUGUAUGAGUAUGGGCGUGCGGAUAUUGAUCGGGCGCGGGAUAAGCAGGUGAAGAACGUGGGUGGGAUAGAGCAGGAUUGA